UACGUGCAGAAAAAGAAACUGUGCUUCCGCGGAUGCCUCGCAUAGUCGCAUCUUCCGGAGCUUUCAUUCCUCCUCCCGAUACGAAUCGCCGGCCCAGCGCGAACCGAUCCAGACGCGAAUUGGUGAGAAGCCGAGGAAAAGAAAAAUCCUUUCUCCUCCCUCCCUCCCGCAGCUGCGAAUCUCCUCCGGCGCGGCCUCCUUCCUCGGAUCGAUCGCAUCUACUGCGAACGACCAGCCAUGGCCGGGAAGCUAAUUGCAAACCUUAUUGUCAUGGGCUCUGGGAUUAUAGGAAGAGCUAUGCUUCAGGCAUACCGAAAAGCACUUGAAAAUGCAAAUAAAACUGGUGUGGCCCAUGAAGCAAUCAACAAUAUCCGUAGGGCCAGCAAGACAAUGACCGAGCAAGAAGCGAGGCAGAUAUUGGGUGUGACUGAGCAGUCGACAUGGGAAGAGAUUGCACAGCGGUAUGACAAGCUAUUCGAGAGAAAUGCGACAUCUGGGAGCUUUUACCUCCAAUCCAAGGUUCACCGGGCCAAGGAGUGCCUAGAAAAUGUGUACCAAAAGAACAAGCAAGAUGGAACUCGGACCUGAAAUUCGCAUCUUUAGAAUCCACUGCCUAGAUACUGUUACUAUACUCCCUUUGUAUCAAAAAAAAAAACGUCUUAUAUUUUGAUACAGAGGGAGUAUAUUCUUUCCUCCCUCUUGAGAAUGUACAUACCAACAAUGGUUGCUUCUGUUGUAUCAUCAAUAAAAAUUGAGCGCAGCGACGGUGAGCUCUUUAGAGAACUAAUUGUAAGCCAUCACUGAAUUCUUGUAUGGCAUUCAGCAUGAAAUUUUGUUGUUUUCA